UUUCAAAGCCAUCAGAGAAGCCGAAGUUAAAGCCGAAGCUGUUGAAGCCGCUGCGGAGUAGCUCCAAAAGGCGGUCAAACUCUAUUCGAAACAAUCAGUUGGUUCGCGAUACUCAAUCGCUUAAGACGUACAAUAACUAAACCAAGUAUAAAAAUUGGUAGUAACUUCUACCUUGAGCAUCAAUCAAAUCGCGAAAAACGUUUAAUAGAUUGAUAGAUACUUUUGUAUCUUUAUUAUUUUUUUUUUCUUUGGUCGGUUCUAUUGAAUUUUUGAUUCGGGCCUAAUCCGUGAUUGUCAAUCAAAUUUAGAUUUGUGUCAAUCGAGUGCUGCUGACGAGUGGUGCAGUGAAUUUUGAUAUGAGUGUUAUAGUUGACAAGAAUUGUAUGAAGAUGAAAAUUCGUGAUGUUGAGAACGCAUUUCGUUAUAGACGGAUACCUUAUCCAAAAAGGUCCGUUGAACUCAUCGCUUUAAUUGCAAUCUCGUGUACAUUCUUUCUGUUUAUGCAUACAAAAAAUUUGAAUACACGUCUCCGUGAGAUGGAGGUGAAAUUGCAGCCCUCAGAAUUUUCAGCACUUGGCCUCACAGGAGAACACCAUAUAAGUGGGGGAGGUGAUGGCUCUAGAUCUGGAAAUGACAUCAACACACUUCAUGGAACAUAUCAAUAUUUAAAAAGCACUGGCCAGAUGCAAUCUCUUAACGUCAAAGAUCUCAACAACACCCGCAAAGCCCAACUCGAUCUUGUUUUCUUCAAUCGUGUACCCAAAGUUGGUAGUCAAACUUUCAUGGAACUUAUGCGUCGUCUAUCCGAACGAAAUAAUUUCCAAUUUCAUCGAGAUGCAGUACAAAAAGUCGAAACAAUUCGUUUAGCUGAUGAUCAACAACAAGAAUUAGCCGAAGUGAUAAGUGAUUUGCCAGAACCAUCAGUUUUCAUUAAACACGUUUGCUAUACAAAUUUCACCAAAUUCAGUUUACCAACACCGAUUUAUAUAAAUGUUGUACGAGAUCCGGUGGAAAGAGUUAUCAGUUGGUUUUAUUAUGUUAGAGCACCUUGGUAUUUUGUUGAAAGAAAAGCUGCAUUCCCAGAUCUACCAUUGCCACAUCCAUCGUGGUUGAAGAAAGAUUUUGAAAGUUGUGUUUUGUCGGGUGAUCAAGAAUGUACUUAUACACAAGGAGUCACUGUGGAAGGUAUUGGUGAUCAUAGAAGACAGAGUUUGUUCUUUUGUGGACAUGAUUAUGAGUGCACACCUUUUAACACAGUUGGAGCACUUGAAAGAGCUAAAUAUGCAGUUGAAAGCCAAUAUUCGGUUGUUGGAGUCUUGGAAGACAUGAAUACUACUUUGUCAGUGUUUGAAAAAUACAUUCCACGAUUUUUUCAAGGAGUUCGUGAUAUUUAUGAAAGUAGUGCAGAAUACUUAACAAAAAUCAACAAAAACAACUUCAAACCACCAGUUAGCGAGAAGGUCAAGGAUAUUGUAAGAAAAAAUUUCACAAAUGAAAUUGAAUUCUAUCAAUUUUGUCGCCAGAGACUUCAUAAACAAUAUUUAGCAGCACACUUGCCACAAAAAAUAAUAGGGACCCCAUAAUAUUGACAACACACACUCAAAAGACUGUAUUAAAUUUUCUCUUGUUGAUCUUGUACAUUGUUUUUUUAUUUUAUUACAUUUUAAGUUUUAAUUUAAAAAAAAAAUCCCUUCAGAUAUUGUAUUUAUUUUCUAAAAUCUAUAUAGAUUUUAAGGCAUUUAUGUAAUUUUAAUACAUAAACAUAAUAAAACAUAAAAAAAAAAAUAAUUAUUGUAAUUGUGUAAUUUUAUACUUUUUUAUUAUAAUAAGAAAUUUAAAUUUAAUCAUUUUUGGUGACUUCAUAAAAAAUAUGCAAAACUUUUACAUAAAGUUUGUAAAGUAUUUAUAUUAAUUUCAUGAGUAUUUUUAAAAUAAUCACUAAUUAUAUUAUUUUAUACUAUAUUCGAGGUACUUAACAUUAAAAACA